AUGGAUUUAACUGAUUCUUUUCUAAAUAUAGAAAAUAAUGAUUUUAAAAAAAAAGAGAAUGCAUAUAUAUAUUUAAAUGAAAAUGGGGGAAAUAUAACCCUAAAUAAUAUGAACAAGUCAGGUCAAGAAUUUACUGAAAAAAAAAAAAGCAAUAAUUUGGGGAUAAAUCAGGAAAAAUUGUUGCUAAAAAUAUUAAAAAAUAAUGAAUUGAUAUGGAAACAGAAAGAAGAUAAAAACACAUUUUUAAACAAACAAAACUCAAUUAAUAGUAAUGAUCAAAAUAAUAAAACAAAACAUAAUGAUAUAAAUAUGCACAUGUGUAAUGGCUAUUUACCUGCACAUGUUAAGGAAAAUGAAAAUGUAUUUUUAAAAACCUCUUAUGAGCUUUAUAAUAUGAUAAAAUAUCAAAAUAUAGAUAAAUACUACAAAACGGAUAAUUUAAUAAAUUUUUAUAAUGAUCAAAAUGUACUAAAUUAUAAAAAAAUAAAGAGAAAAAAUAAAAAUGAAAAUAAAAAUGAAAAUAAAAAUGAAAAUAAUGAUUAUAUAGACAAAAAUAAUAUACAUUCUAACGAUUUAGAAUCGAAUAUUCUAAGUUUCGAGUCAAAUAACUUUUCUUCAGAUUAUUUAUUAGACAAAUUUAAUAAUAAGUUAGUAAAUAAUUACAUUAACAUUCAUAAUACAGAUUAUAUAGAAAUUCAAGAUAUAUUCAAUGAAAAUAAAUUAAAUUAUGUUAAAAAUAAAAAUUUAUGUUUUUAUAAAAAUGUAGAUUUAAAAAAAUUUAGAAAAAAUGAAAAUAAUUAUAUGAAUGAAUUUAUGAAUAUACCAAAAAAAAAAAAUAACAUUUAUUCACACCAUUUAAAAGAAAAUAAAAUUCGUUCCAAAAAUGAAAUAAAUAAUAGUCCCAACACUGAUAAAGUAGAAAAAAAUAUAAACAAUAUAAACAAUAUAAACAAUAUAAAUAAUAACACAAAUAAUAAUAAUGUUCAUGAGUAUGUUCCCAAUAAUUUAAAUGACGAAUUUAUUGAAGAAAAAAAAUUGGAUAAAAAUAAAUUUAACGAAUAUAAAAAUAAUACUAAUGAUAAUAUAUUAGAUUUUGAUAUAGAUAAAGAAUUUCAUUUUAAUGAUAAUAGUUUGGGAGAUAAACAUCAUAAAAACGAAAACGAAGAAAUCCCAUUUAUAUUCAAUGAAAAUGAUAAAAAUAAAACUGAAAUAUUAGAAGAUGAUCUUAUAUUUUCUGAACACAAUAGCAGCAAAUUUAGUGACAAAAAUGACAGUUUGAUGGGUCUUCUAAAUGAUUACAAUGAUCAAGAAAUAGGGGACGAACAAGGCCAACAAAUUGGAAUCACAUUUGACAAUGCAGAUGUAGAUGUGGAUGCAAAUGUGGAUGCAAAUGUGGAUGCAGAUGUGGAUGCAAAUGUGGAUGCAGAUGUGGAUGCAAAUGUGGAUGCAGAUGUAGAUGCAAAUGUAGAUGCAGAUGAAGACGAUUUUCUAGAUAUAGAAUUCUUUGACCAAAAGGAAAACAUAACUGACCCUAAAAAUGGGGAUGAAAUAUUUGACCCUAAAAAUGGGGAUGAAAUGUUUGACCCUAAAAAUGGGGAUGAAGUAUUUGACCUUAAAAAUGAUGAAAUUUUUGGCCUUAAAAAUGGGGAUGAAGUGUUUGACCCUAAAAAUGGCGAAAAAUUUUCUGAACAACUCAGCGACUUUUUCUUUGAUGAUGAACAAAAAGAAAAAUCCAAUUUAGAAGAUGAAUAUUGCAAAAAUGAUGAUGAUAAGUAUAUAUCAAACUGUGAAUUGAAUAAAAAUAAUAUGAACGAUAUUGAAGAGAGCAAUAUAAAUGGGGAUAAAUAUGAUGUAGAAAAUACAAACAAUGUUCAUUCGCAAAUAAAUGAAGAACAUGAAAUUAUAAAAGAUUUCGAUUUAAACAAAGAAAAAACAGAUUUUUAUAAUUCCGUUGUCUAUUCAUAUGAUAAUAAUUAUCAGAAUAAAAAUAAUUAUACACAUCUAAAAGAAAAUGAUAAUGAACAUAAUAUUUUUAAAAAUAUAUAUAAAGAGUAUUAUCAUAAUAUAAAUGACAAUAACUUAAAAAAUGAAAUUGAACUGUUUGGAAAUCAUAUAAUAAAUAAUAGUUAUAUAUUCAUGGUCUUAAAUUAUAAAUACAUAAAAAAUUAUAAUUAUAAUGAUUCAAUAUAUUUAUUUAAUAGUGAUGAUUAUAUAAAUUAUCUUUUUAAAAAUAAAAAUUUGGAUAAAAAUAUUUUACAAAAUGAAAAUAUAAUUCAAGAGAUUUUUGGAACUAAUGAUGAUAAAUAUUCACAAAGAAAUAAUAAAUUAAAAAAAAAAAUAAAAAAUAAAUCAAAUUUAAAGAAUAUGGAAAAUAUAUAUCACAAUCCUUUAUAUUAUGAUACAAAUUUGGUGAAAAAUAUAAAUUCUUCUCAUAUAUUUAUAAAUAAAAAUAAUAAUAUAAUUCAUAAUGAAAAUAAUUUAAGAAACCCUUGUGAUAUAGAUAAUGAUUCUAAUUUCGUUAAUAAAUUAAAUAAGAAUGUUGUGAUUGAUACAAAUAGACAUAUAAAUAAUUCCAACAUUAUCAAAGAUAGUCAAAAUAUAGAUCAUAAUAAUGCAAACAAUAUUUUAGAUUUGAAUAAAAAUAAAAUAAUUUCUAACAUUAUUAAAGCUAAUUAUACUCAUGAAGAAAAUGAUGAUGAAUCUUCUGAACAUUUUAACGAAAAAUAUCAACAUACAUAUCAUUAUGUAAAUAAUAAUAAUAAUAAUAUAUUAUUAAAAAAAAAAAAAAAAAAUGAAAUGUUUUAUAUGGAUAUGAAUACAUAUCAUGAUAAUAUAAAUAGACAAAAAGAAUCCAAAAUACAUUUAGGAAAUUUUACUAAAAUUAUUGAUGAAUUUAAAAUGGAAAAUAUUCAAUAUAAUGAAAAUUAUAUUUUUGAUAAAUUAAAUGAGAAACUAUUGAAUGAAGUCGAAAAAAAUUAUUAUAUUUCAUAUAUGUUAAGAAAUAUUUUUUUAAAAAAAAAAAAAUAUUCAGAUAUUCUUUUAAAAUGUUUAAUAUAUAAACCUGAUGAUUAUCAAAAUGUAGGAACAAUAAAUUUGCAUAAUAAUAUUUUAGAUAAAAAAGAAGAAUGUUAUAAAAAAAAUUAUAAUUUAUCUAAUUUUGGUGAACAAGGAGGGGGGGUUUUAACAACUUUCGAAAAAAUGAAAAAAAUAAAUAAGAGCAUUGAUUUUGAUGAUAGUUAUUUUAUUAACAACAAAAAAGACAGAUUAGAAUGUGCUGAAAAUAUUUUAAAAAAAACAAAAAAUAUUAUAUUUUUCUCACAUUUAAAAUUAGAUAAUUAUUAUAAAAAAAAUAAUCCACAUGAAAUUGAAAAUAUGAUUCUGUCAUAUAAUAAUGUAUAUGUCAAUACACAAAUGACAAACGAUUAUUAUUACAGUUUUGAGGUAUCCAAUAAAAAAGGAGUAAUAGCCUUUUCGAGAUUUCAUAAGCUAGAUUUUAGAACAGGCAUACACAAAUAUUAUCACGAAUAUAAAAAGUCAAAAAUGAUAUUAAAUGAUGAAGAUUUCGGAAAGAUUGACGAGAUUGGCGAGGCUGACGGGGCUGACGGGGCUAACGGGGCAGUGUCGUGGGGGUGGAAAAAUAUAGAAAAACAAUAUUUGGCACAAAAAGAUGAAAAAAUGGUAAUCUCUUCAUAUUGGAAUUAUGUUAUCCCUGAAAUCGUGAAAACACAUUCUUAUUUUAAUUACCCAAUAACUAAAUUUUUUAAAUUGGGAAAUCGACAAAGUAUUAAAAAUAGCAAACAUCUUAGUAUAGAUAAAUAUGAAAAUACAAAUAAAUAUUUUAGUGGAAAUAAUAAACAUUAUUAUAUCAGAAAAAGUUAUAAAAAUAUUGUAAACAUUUUGAAUGAUGAGAAUUUUAAUUUUGAUAUCCACAUUUUAGAUGCAUGGAUAAUUGAAAAAGCAUAUGACCAUUCUAUGCUUGAUGAAGAUGAUGGAAAUGAAAAUAUAAAUGUUGAAAAUAAUAAAACAGAUACUUAUGCUUCUUUUUUUUAUAACAAUUCAUGUUUAUUAUUAAAUGAUGAUAGCCCAUUAAUAAUUUUAGAAUACAUUGAAAAGGACCCACUUAUUAUGUUAAAAUUAGGUAUGAAUAGCAAAAUAAAUCAUUAUUUUACAACAAAAGAUGAUGAAAAUUUAUAUUCUCUUGAAUAUAAAAAUAAAUUAAAAAAAUAUAUAGAACCAUUUGGUGAAAUUAAUGUUAUAAAAGAUUCUAUUAAUUAUUUUGGUGUUCCUAUUAAAAUUAAAAAACAAAAUCAAAAACUUACAUUUAUUGAAAAUGAAUUGUAUAAAGCAUUACUAUUUACAUUUCCUGUAUAUUCUAUGUAUAAAGAAAAUCAGGACAAUUUCAUAUUUGGCAAAUCGUCACAACCAAUAAAUGAACAUCUUAUUGAUGCAAACGAUUUUCAAAAGGAUGCCAUAUUUAGCGGGGUGGAAAAUGCGGAAAAUGGAAGAGAUGUAGAAAAUGCGGAAAAUGUGGAAAAUGUAGAAAAUGCGGAAAAUGUGGAAAAUGUAGAAAAUUCGGAAAAUGGAAGGGGCGUAGAAAACGCCACAUCUAACACACCCGAUAGUAACGAAAAAGAUAACUCUAACAUGUUUUAUAAUACCGACUUCCUGCUUAUAAGAAAUAUAUCAAAGAAUGAAAAAAAGUAUUAUAUAAAGCCGUUUUAUGUUGAUAUAAAAAUGUGUAAAAAUAUAAAAGAAAACAGUGAAACCCCAAAUUACAUAAAAAAUAAUACAAACAAUUUGAGUAGUCAUAAUUAUCAAAAUGAAAACCAAAUAAAUAAAUAUGAUCAAUAUAAAACAAACAAUCAUAAUAAAAAUUAUUUAACCCAUUUUGAAGAAAUCGAAAAUGUGGGGGAAUACAAUUCCAAUCAUAUAUAUGACGAAAAUGUAGAGGAAUACAAAGAAGGAAAUGAAAAAUAUUUAAAUAUAAAUUAUACAAAUUGUAUAUUUUAUAAUGUUGGUUUUUUAGAUAUGCAUGUAAGCACAUAUAAUCCGUUAUAUAAAAAAUAUAUAGAUGAAAAAAGAAAUUAUAUAAGAAGCUGGUUAAUAAAAUUAAUAAUAAAACAUCAAAUAAAAGAUAGUAAAAAAAUAAAAGAAAUAUUAAAAACCAAAUUAAAUACAUUUAUAAAUGAUAAAGAUAUUAAUGCAAUUAUAAAAUCUGUUGAUAUAAAUUUUAUUUUAAGUAAAGAAUAUAGAGAUGAUAGAAAUAACAAAAAUUCAUAUAAACCAAAAAAUGUUUGUAUAUUAGAAUGUAUUUACCAUUUUAUACAAUUAUAUAAAUAUGAAGGAAUUAAUUUUAAAAAUAUUUUAGAGAAUCAUGAAAAAUUAAAUAAAAUUAUUUUACUUUUAAAUAUAGAAAAAGAAAGAGCUAAUAAUAACAUUAUUAAUAUUAAAAAAAAAAUGAAAAUUAUUUAUGAUAAAUAUUGUUAUAAAUAUGAAGCCAAAUCUAUACAAUUUUCUUUAAAUAAAGAAGAUAUAUAUAUUGAUAUGAUAGACAAUUAUAAUUAUGUUGGUUCUCAUUUUUAUGAUAAAAAUUUUAUUAAUUAUUUUUUAUAUAUUAAAUAUCUUAUAUCUUGUUCUCCAUGGAUUAUAUUAAAAGAUUACUCAAACAAUUUCUCUACUUCAAAAUAUAACAAUAAUAGUGCAAAACAAGAAAUCGGACGAAAACAAAAAACGAUAAAUAAUAAAAAAUAUGAUUCUGUGAAUAAAAACAAAAACAAAAACAAAAACAAACUUAAAAAUACACAACAAAAAUUAAAAAUCCGAAAAAAUAAAUAUCAAUUUUAUUAUGAUCAAAAAGAUAAUGAUACUACUUCUAGUGCAACUAGCAAUGAUAAUGAUCAAAUUGAUACAAUUUAUAGUGAUGAUAAUUUUGAAGAAUAUCAUAAUAAAUAUUUGAAAGAAAAAAAAAAAAAUAGUUUAAAUCAAUAUAAAAAGGGGAAAACCCUGACCAAACAAGAUAGCGACAUUUUUGAAAUGAUUGGCGAAGAAAAUAAGGAAGAAAAAUAUCAUAAAAAAAAAAAAAAAAUAAAUAAUAAAAUAAAUAAAAAAAAAAACAAUUUCAGCGAUUUUAGUAACUUUAGUUUUAGCGAAGAAGAUAAUAAUGAAAGUGUUGACGACGAUGAUGAUGAUAAACAUAGUAAUAGUUCAAAUGAUGAAAAAAGGAAAAAAAAAAAAAAUAAAAAUGAUCAAGAUAAUAAAAAAAAAAACAAAAAAAACUAUUCCUAUGCAUUUUACCUAUUUAAUCAUAUUAUACAUAACGAAAAAAUACAACAAAAAAAUGGAAAUAAAAAAGAAUAUAUAGACAAUAGCAAUUACAAUGAUGUAACAAAUUAUAAAAAUAAUGUUUAUCCAAAAAAACAAAAAUAUCAACAAAACUUAAAAUAUAAAGGAAGAAAUUCUGUACAGAAUCAUUUAUUUCAAAAAAAUGAAGCAAAAAAAAAAGGAUACACAAAUUUUGCAAAAGAUAAUAAAGGAUAUACUUUUCAUGGAAAAGGAAAAUAUAAUUUUAGUUAUUUUAAUGCUAAUAAACGUAUGAGUAAGGGUAGAGAUGAAUUAAAAAACGAAUCUCAAAUGGAAAAUACAAAAAAAAAUCAAUAUAAUGAAUUAUCUGGAAUCGAAGAGUUUGAUGAAGAAGAAAUAAAUAAAUAUGAUCAAGAUGUAAAUAAAAAAGAUAAAGGAAAAAAAAAAUAUAUGAAAUAUUUGGAAAAUUAUAAAAAUUUAAAAAAUAAAAAAAUUAGAGAAACACAAAAUUAUACUGAUGAGUUUAAUAAUAAAGAAAUUACACAAAACAUUAAUUUUAUAAAUAUGUAUAGAGUUAUAGAAUAUUUAAGUGGAAAAGAUAUUAUUAACAUUCUUUUAAGUGUUGGGUUUAGUAUGUUAAAUAUUAAAAAAAUGAAUAAAAAUGACCAAAUAAAUAAAUUAAAGAAAUAUAUCGAAAAUGGAACUAUAACCAAUCAAAAUAAAAUUAUAUAUAUUACAAUAAUUAAAAAAAUUAUUUUAGAGCAAUUUAAAAAUUUACAUUUCCCAGUAUAUUUAAAAUAUAAUAAUAACGUUUUAUAUUUGAGUGAAAAAAGAAUAACGAAUUUCUCUAACAACGCUGAUUCAAAUAAAUUAGCUGCCACUAACACUAACAAUAAUAAUCGUAAUAGUGGCAAUACUGUUACACAUUCUGGAGAUAUAACCAUUAAGCGAACCAAAAAAGUAGAAAAGAAUAGAGUUAAACUAAUUAAACAUUUUUUUAAAGAAUCAAUUAAUGAUGAUUCUGCAUGCACAUCUGACAUGGGGACAUCUUCGGGUUCAGAUUCACAAUUAGGAGGUGGUUUACAUGAUAAAGAAAUUGGAAAAAAAAAAAAAAAUGAAUUUUUUGAUGAUGAAGAUGAAGAAGAAGAAAAAAAACAAUUAGAAAUUAUAAGAGAAAUGCAAGCAAAAAAUAAUAAUAUAGAAGAUAAUGAAAAUAAUUAUAAAUUAAUUCAUUGUCUAAAAUGGACUCGAAUAUAUAUUAGAAAACGUGACAAUUCUUUAAGUGUUUAUGAAUUUGGUGAAUCUGGAGAAAAUUAUGGAAAUAUAGAUGCAAAUUUAAGAGUAGAUAAUUAUGAAAAUAACUACAAAGAAGGUGGUGAAAUAAAUAUUAACAAAAAUUAUAAAUUUGAAAUGAUGAAAAAAAGAAAAGAAGUUUUAUUAAAAAAUUCAUUUAAAGGUGUUGAAAAAUAUAUUAACAGUGAAAAUAAUUAUAUUGAAAAUGUACAAACUUUAUAUAUUUAUGGAAAAAAAAAUAUUGAAACUUUUUUAAAAUGGAAACAUUUUAGAACCCUAAUAAAAAAAUAUUUUACUCUUAUGCAAAAUAAAGAAUCAGAACAAAUAAAUUUAGAUGCAGGGGAAAUUAACCAAUUGAAUCCAAAAAAAAAUGAAGAUGAUUCAUAUACAUAUAAUAAUGAUCAAGGAACUAUUAACGAUAAUAUAUUAUUUAACAAUGAAAUUGUUAAAAAAAGAAAAUAUAAAAAACAUAAAAAAAAAUUAUUAGAAACUCCCGAAAGUUUUAAAACUAUUAUUAAUAUAUUCCCAACUGUAGGAGAUGACAUAAAACAUUGGAAUACUGAUAAAAAAUAUUCUGAACAAAAUAAUCUAAAAACAGAAAAAAAAAAAUUAAAAGAUAAAUUUGCACAUGCUAAUGAAUAUACUAAAAAUAAAGAUACAAAAAAAAAAAACAUAUAUGAUUUAUCUGGUGAUAAUAAUGGAAAAAUAAUUAAUAAAAAAUUUAUAAAUACAAAUUAUUCUAUAAAUAUCAAAAAAAAUAAUAAACGAUAUAGACAAAACACAACAUUAAAACGUAAGGAUAAAAAUAUAUACAAUAAUAAUGGAAAAGGAAAUUUAUCAAUAAGCAAAAAAAGAAAAGGUGGAAAAUCACAAUCAAAUCAAAAGACAUAUAAUAAUGCUACAAACCCUGAACAACAAAAUACAAAAUGGGAAAUAAAUGAAGAACAUAAUAAUAAACAAAUAGAAGAUAAUGAAUAUAAUAUGAACGAGUUUGGAAAAAAAAAAAAAAGUAAUAUUAAAUAUUUAGAUGAAGAAGAUGAAAAUGAAAGAAAAAAAAAAAAAAGAAAAAAAGACAAAUAUUAUAAUGAAGAUAAAAAAGGUAAACAUAUUAAUAAUGUUGAUGAAUAUAUAAAUAAAGCUAAUUCAACAACUGAAAAAUAUAUUAGAUGUUCUAGUAUGGUAUCAGAAAGUAGUAUAAAUUUAAAUGCACACAAUGAUAAUAAAAAUGAUGAUAAAUCAAGCCGACAAAAAUUAAAAAAAGGAAAUACAUAUAAUAAUAUAAAAGAAAUAAUCGAAAAUUUUAAUGAAAAAUUAUUAACAAUUAUGAAAGAUAUAUCACAAGUAUUAAAUUAUAAAGCAUUUUUAAAUCAAGUUAACGAAACUUAUGCACCUAUGUAUUAUAGUGUUAUAAAAAAACCAAUGUAUAUAAAUAAAAUCAUUUUCCGAUGUAAAAAAAGAAAAUAUAAUAAUUUAAGCUUAUUUAUUGAUGAUGUAUAUUUAAUAGUAACAAAUUGUAAACUGUAUAAUACUCCCACUUCAGUUAGUGCAUACUUACGUGAAAUUGUUGAUAAUAUGUUUCUUGAUAUAGUUAGUAAAAUAAAAGGAGAUGAUAACUUACAAAAUUAUAAUUCAAUUUUAAUAGACCACUUUUACAAAAAUAAACAUUUCAAUAAUACAUGGGAAAGUAUAAAUAUGGAACAAAAUGAUUUAUUUAAUAAUUCAGAAUUAAGUAUUAACAAAACAAAUGAUUUAUCAAUUAAUAAUAUACAACAAGAAAAUUUAUCAAGUAGUUUUAUACCCUCAAUUGAUGCGAGCAGAAAUUACAAUAAUACUAUGGAUACUGAUUUUAAUUUAAAUACUAUAUCUGCAAAUUUUAAUAGUAGUAAUUUUCACAAUAUGGAGUCUGAUACAAGUAUGAACAAAUUGAAAGAUGAACAUGAUAAUACUAAGGAAUAG